AUGGGAGCUGUGCUCGAAAAUAUUGGUUCUAUGCGCGAACAGUUGAACUCUGGGCUAGGAAACACCAAUGACAAGAUAGAUGCCAUGGACUCCAAGACAGAUGUCAUGGAAUCGGGAAUCAAAACCGAGUUAUUGGCUAUGAACCAAUGUGUACAAGCUGUGGAGGAGAGAAUCACCAAUAUUGACGAACAGAUGAAUCAGAGGGUCGACGCAGUGGAGAAAGUCAUCGACGAAAUAAGAUACAAGCUCAACCGCCCCGAUGAAACACUACAGGAGCUAGAGACAGACAUCGAACGCCUCGCACAUUUGCCUGACCCAACAGCCGCACAAGAUAUCCUGGAAGUCAUCAUAAUAGACGCUUUCAUUGAUGAGCUUCGAGACCCUAAGUUGAAGAAAUCCACAAGAUUUAGUGGUAAACGCAGGGCUAGCGAAGCCCGAGUUUACGCUCUGUCAUACGAGGCUGUCAAAGACGCAUCUGGGGCACUCACCAGGGCCGAAGCCUGGACGUCAAGGAGGAAGAAUUCGCACAACUUGUCAGAAGGGGCUCUUCAUUUACUAACGGAACAAAAGCAAUUUAUUUGGACGACGGAAUGUCAACAGGCAUUUGAAAGGCUGAAAAACACACUUGCCUCAUCUUCCAUAUUGGCCUACCCUAUACCAGGCACGACAUUCAUACUGGACACAGAUGCAAGUGGUACCGGAAUAGGCGCAGUCUUGUCCCAAAAAGUGGAUGAAACUGAACGAGUCAUCGCCUAUUUCAGUCGUAGUUUUUCAAAGGCUGAAAGGAACUACUGCGUCACGAGACGUGAGCUUCUGGCCGUUGUGGACGCCAUAAAACAUUUCCACAAAUACUUAUGUGGGCAAACUUUCACCCUUAGAAGUGAUCUCGCCUCUCUACAAUGGCUGCUUUCCUUUAAGAGUCCCGAAGGUCAAGUCGCCAGGUGGAUAGAACGUCUGAAAACCUAUGACUUUGAGAUUCAGCACCAAAAAGGACAGACUCACCAGAAUGCUGAUGCGCUGUCCCGAAGACCUUGCAAAACUGAAUGCAAACACUGCAGAAAGGUCGAAGAAAAGGAGGCGGUCGUCGAUUGCCAUUGUCUUGGGGUAGAAGCUUCCGGACCGUGGUCGGACGAAAAAAUCCGAGAGGAUCAGCUAAGAGACGAAGAUCUGGCUCCCAUUCUCCUAAUGAUGGAAGAUGAACCACGACCAGAUUGGCAAAAAAUCUCUGAUAGGGGAACCGCUACCAAGGCAUAUUGGGCCCAAUGGGACUCCUUAAAAAUUGUGAACGGUGUCCUCAGUGUGACAGGUUAG